AUGAGCAGCUCAGUACCAUUCAGGCCCAUUGUACCAGGCUCCUCGCUAGCGACUCCUCACACGAGCGGCGAGGCAUCAACAAGUCGCGGUAGGAAUCUGGUGCCGGGAUGGAAGAAGAGGGUAUCAACGGCAUGCCUGGCGUGCAAAAAGUCAAAACGCAAGUGCUCAGGAACUGCGCCGUGCGAAAACUGUCGCACGCUUCGAAGAGAAUGCAUCUUCGACGAAUCGCUCGACCAGCGCCGUCGCGUCGCCGCAAAACGGACUGCAGAAGAGCUCGAGUAUCAUCGCGACAUGCUCAAUGAUCUCCUCAAAGUGAUACGCUCUGCGGGCGAACCACAGGCCCAAAAGCUAAUGGAACUCAUCCGAAACGACGCCACUCCAGAAGAGAUCCGCCUCUUCAUUGACGAGAUCCUCGCUGAGCUACAGGCCACAGAACCAACCAGUAAAGACAAGCAGGAAACCGCAGCUCAACUGAAAGCACUCCGAGAUAGUGCCAAUAUGCAAGGUGCUGCCCCAUCUUUUCGUAGAAAAGUUAUGGAUGUGAAUUUUCUAUGUGAUACUCCGCCAAUCCAGGUCCCCGCCAAGCCGUGGACGACGGUGAGCGAUGAAGAUGCGUUUGUGUCUCAUCUGGUCUCGUUGUACUUUACUUGGGAUUAUCCGUUUAAUGCAUUCUUGGAUAGGGAUGUGCUGGUGGAUCAUAUGCGUGCUGGAAACGCGGAUUCGGAUUAUUGUUCGCCGUUCCUGGUUAACGCUCUACUUGCGCAGGCUUGUCAUUUUUCCGAGUAUUCAGAAGCAUAUGGAGACCCAGGCGAUGUGGCUACCAAGGGACAAGGGUUUCUUCACGAGGCCGAGAAACACUACAAGCAAGAGGCGGAUAAGCUGAAGCUCGCUACGCUCCAGGGUACUCUGAUUCUUUAUGAACGAUACUCUAUAUCUGGUCAAGAUGACCUGGGCUAUGCGAUGCUGAAAAAGGCAACCGAUUUGGCCGUCAGGAUGGGAUAUGUAGAUGAAGAUGAAGUACCGAAGGUAGAAGACCAAGAUCUGAGCGGAAAGCCUAUUGAUAUGACUGCAUCGAUUACAAAAUUAAUUUGGGGGCUAUUUCAAGUCGAUACGGUCUGUCAUGCUGGAUUUCUGAAACCAAAUCGUAUCAGACAUCUUCAUUUGAAGAGACCUCCACGUAUAUCACUGCAAAACGAUGCCGAGCCCUGGGUGCCGUAUCCUGCUCAAAAACCGCCACGACCGGCCUAUGUCACUACUUACUUUGAUGAAUCUUGCACUCUUAGUGAGAUCUCGAGGGAUAUCUCUCAUACCCUUUUCACAGAUGAUGAAGCGCUGGAUGAUGACAAAGCGCAUCUCUCGCAGACUAUUGAGGCUCUCUACCGGAGACUUCGAAGGUGGCACGAUAAUCUCCCUGAUGAAUUGAAUCCGGCGCAUAAACCUGCUCCUCAUAUUCUCCUACUUCACAUACGGUACUACACCACCCUCAUAAGCAUGUUCAACUGUCCCCGAGGACACAACCACCAAUCCAAACCCACCAAAGUCGAAUCACCCGCCGGCGAGGGCCAGAACACAAACUACAUCGCCAUCUCAUCGGCCCGUGAAAUCGCAAGACUAGUCAGCAUCCACCAAAGAGAAUACGGCAUGAGCCGCUCGCACAUUUUUGCUUUGUAUGCCGUCAACCUGGCCCUUUUUGUGCUUCUUGAGCGCGGCGCUUUUCGGAUUUCGGAUCCUGACUGUAUUGCGCUUACCUCUGCCUUUGCGGUUAUCACGACACGGUCCAUUCUCGGCAAUCGUGUGCUUUCUAUAUUCCGACGGUCGAUACGGAAAACGCAGGAUAAUCGUGAAUCAACACGCUGGGAUGAGUUGCCUGACGGGUUGAGAGAAAUACUCGAGGAAGAGGAAGAGUCGUCGACGUAUUCAGAGUCGCAAAUGGGGGAUAGUAGUAGCACGUCGUCUGAUGACGGCGAGGCUACGAGCGAUAAUUAUGACCAUGACGAACCGAUGGUGUCGUCGCCUGCCGAGGUUGAAAAGGAAGAGUCUGCAUCUCACCACGGUACUCAUCAUCAUGAAGGGGGAGGGGGGUUGUGUGAGAUGUUGUGUCGUUAUGAGGUGAUGAGUUUGGGUCGAAAUGAGGAUACCUAA